AUGGCGAAAUUAUCGAAAGCACAGAAGAAACAAAUAUACAUGGACAAGCUGAGUUCCCUGAUUCAACAGUAUACGAAAAUUCUAAUUGUACAUGUGGACAAUGUAGGAUCCAAUCAGAUGGCUAGUGUACGUCAGAGUUUGAGAGGAAAGGCCAUAAUAUUAAUGGGAAAAAACACGAGAAUUCGAACUGCACUGAAGAAAAACUUACAAGCUGUUCCCCAGAUAGAGAAGUUGUUACCAUUGGUAAAGUUGAACAUGGGUUUUGUCUUUUGCAAAGAUGAUUUGACCGAAGUGAGGAACAUCAUUUUACAGAACAAAUCUCCUGCACCAGCAAGGUUAGGUGUUAUAGCCCCGAUUGAUGUUUUUAUCCCACCAGGACCAACAGGGAUGGAUCCAUCUCACACAUCCUUCUUUCAAUCGCUUGGAAUAUCCACCAAAAUUGUGAAGGGGCAAAUUGAAAUUCAGGAACAUGUUCAUCUGAUUAAGCAGGGAGAAAAGGUCACAGCAUCGUCUGCUACUCUUUUGCAAAAGUUUAACAUGAAACCUUUUUCUUACGGUGUGGACGUUAGAACUGUGUACGAUGAUGGUGUUAUUUACGACGCGAAAGUUUUGGAUAUAACUGAGGAGGAUAUUUUGGCAAAGUUUGGAAAGGGUGUUGCCAACGUUGCAGCGUUGUCUAGAUCUAUUGGUGUGAUAACAGAGGCCUCCUAUCCACAUGUCUUCGUGGAGGCAUUUAAGAACAUCGUUGCGUUGGUAAUUGACACAGACUAUACCUUCCCUCUAAUGAAGAAGAUCAAAGACAUGGUUGAGAAUCCCGAGGCUUACGCUGCUGCUGCGCCUGCGGCUGAGGCCAAGGCAGAUGCACCGAAGAAGGAAGAGGCCAAAAAGCAGGAGGAGGAAGAAGAAGAGGAGGAAGACGGCUUCAUGGGAUUUGGAAUGUUCGACUAG